AUGUUCGUAUCGCGUGCAAUAGAGGAGAAGAUAGCGUCUGCUACGGCUCUCAGAAAUAGAGGUUUAAGCGUUCAGGAGAUCGUCUGCAAAACAUGUGGAGCGGAUGAAGAAUCUGCAGAACAUAUUUUACUUAAAUGCAAUUUUGCAAAAAGAACUUGGGAGAUGGUAACGAGUUGGCUGAAAAUUCCGAUGGUGAAUGUUGAUGGCAGUUUGAAAGAUAUUUUGAUAGAGAUAAAUGAAAUUCAGCGGAGUAGAAGUAUGCGGAAAGCGAUCCAUGCAGUGGCAAUUCAAACAAUGUGGCAUCUGUGGAAGACUAGAAGCGAAAGGGUUUUCAAAGGCAGGCAAGGCAAGGUACAGACUGUUAUAGAAGAAAUUAAGGAGAUAUCUUAUCAAGGGGUGAAGCUAAGGUCAAAACACGGCUCGAUAUCAAGACAGGAAUGGUGGGAUUUUAAUGUAAUGUUGUAG